AGCGCCCAGCAGCGACACGAGUCGCUCCGACGCCAGCUCGGAGUCCCUGCAGCGGUGGCCUCGCUGGACCCAGGGGAAGUUCAGGGUCGGAGGGCGGCAGCACCAAGCGCCCGGCCCCAUGGAAGCUCGUGGGGAGCUGGACCCGUCCCGGGAAUCCGCGGGCGGAGACCUCUUGCUGGCUCUGUUGGCGCGAAGGGCUGACCUGCGCCGAGAGAUCCCCAUGUGCGCGGGAUGUGACCAGCACAUCUUGGACCGUUUCAUCCUAAAGGCUCUGGACCGACAUUGGCACAGCAAGUGUCUCAAGUGCAGUGACUGCCACGUGCCUCUGGCUGAGCGCUGCUUCAGCCGCGGGGAGAGCGUCUACUGCAAAGACGACUUCUUUAAGCGCUUCGGGACCAAGUGCGCCGCAUGCCAGCUGGGCAUCCCGCCCACGCAGGUGGUGCGGCGCGCCCAGGACUUCGUGUACCACCUGCAUUGCUUCGCCUGCGUGGUUUGCAAGCGGCAGCUGGCCACGGGGGACGAGUUCUACCUCAUGGAAGACAGCCGGCUGGUGUGCAAGGCGGACUACGAAACAGCCAAGCAGCGAGAAGCCGAGGCCACAGCCAAGCGGCCGCGCACCACCAUCACCGCCAAGCAGCUGGAGACGCUGAAGAGCGCCUACAACACCUCGCCCAAGCCGGCGCGCCACGUGCGCGAGCAGCUCUCCUCCGAGACCGGCCUGGACAUGCGCGUGGUGCAGGUCAGCGCUCGGUCGCGUCCCCCGGCCCCAGAAGGGGCGCGCGCUCCGCGGGAAGCUGGGCAGCCACUCACCAUCCCUACCCCCCAGGUGUGGUUCCAGAACCGCCGGGCCAAGGAAAAGAGACUGAAGAAAGACGCAGGCCGGCAGCGCUGGGGACAGUAUUUCCGCAAUAUGAAGCGCUCCCGCGGCAGCUCCAAGUCCGACAAGGACAGCAUCCAGGAGGGACAGGACAGCGACGCGGAAGUCUCCUUCACUGAUGAGCCGUCCAUGGCUGACAUGGGGACUGCUAAUGGCCUGUACAGCAGCCUGGGAGAGCCUGCCCCUGCGUUGGGCCGGCCUGUAGGAGGCCUGGGCAGCUUUACAUUGGAGCACGGAGGUUUGGCAGGUCCAGAGCAGUUUCGAGAGCUGCGUCCAGGCAGCCCCUAUGGCAUCCCACCAUCUCCUGCGGCCCCACAGAGCCUUCCCGGCCCCCAGCCUCUCCUCUCCAGCCUGGUAUACCCAGACACCAACUUGGGCCUUGUCCCUUCGGGGCCUCCAGGUGGGCCCCCACCCAUGAGGGUGCUGGCUGGAAAUGGACCCAGCUCUGACCUCUCCACAGAGAGCAGUGGUGGCUACCCAGACUUUCCUGCUAGCCCUGCCUCCUGGCUGGAUGAAGUAGACCAUGCUCAGUUCUGACCGAGGGCCCCCCAGUUCCCUUGGCUCUAACUCAGGGGUCUUGGUGCUGCCUCUGGGUGGGCAGCUAGCCCCACCCCAUGAUGUCCAUUUCAAGGACCUCUGAGGGAAGGACAGGGUUCCCACGUGAGAGAAUAGAGACUGUCCCACUUCCAGCUUCUCUGGCUGCUCCCUGGGGCUGAGGGACUCCAUAGCCCUUCCUUGGACACAAGCGUAGCCUGCCUCGUGGGCGGCUACAAGCCAGUGAUUCUUGACCGUUCUGGUAAGCAUUGUUCUCCCUUUAUCAGCCAGUGAACUCUUGCUGCUAUUUUCCACAGGGCAGGAGGCCAGGCCCUACCUAGUGUCCUGGCAUAAAACAAUAGUAACAACUUGCGUCAUCACUUCUGAUGGGCUUGGUAGGAGACUGUGCUCGGCCAGCCGUGCCUGGUCACUGACCUCUCCUCCCAGCUGCCAGCUCUCCUGACCUGGAGUCUCCAGGUCUUUCUGUUCUGGAAUGCAAUGCGUUGGGGAGUGGAGCUUUCUGGAACCCCUUCUCCAAGGUGUAGUCUUUAAACGUGAAGACAAUUCCCUUUCUCCUGAGGCACAGCCUCCCUCAGGUGCAGAGCAGAAAUGUGCAGCAAGGACAGACACCGUUGCCAAACAGACUGUGGUCCUGUGCAGGGGGUGGGGUGUUCUGUCAGCCCAGACCAGGAGACCUCCCCCACUGGAGGAGGUUGGGCUGGGGGGGUCCUCCCAAUCCAGUCUGUCUCAGACACAAAGCUUGGCCAUGUGUCAGUUAAAGUCACUCCUGAAAACCAGGAUCUUGGCUACCUGUUGGUUCUGUAAACAUCCUGUGACUUUUAUUUAUUCCCCGGUGAUCCGCUCUUUCCAAGACUUCAAUAAAUUUGUCAGUUUCCAUGCUA